AUGAGCAGCUGUGGUGCCUUCUACGACAAGCUUAUAACGUGUGGUGAAGCGAGCAACACCGCCGCGGCCAUCAGCUGUUGGUGCCCACAGACGGUCUUGGAUGUUCUAGCCGGGUGCCGACAAGAGUGGUGGAACUGUUGGCGUACAACAGCCGUGGACCAGCUCUUCCUCGGCACCGACGGCCUCUUCGCCGCCUGGUCGACAGUGUGUGCAGACGCUGAUGCAUUCGAUGUGCUCAGCUACUCGCCGACCACGAAAUCAAUAACCACUCCACUCCUGGUCGACAAUGCCUUCUGUGGCGAUGUCGCAAGCAAUUGCGACCAACUGACAGCUUCUACGAGUUCUUGUAGCCGCAGGUUCACAGCAUCCGCGGGAGAUAGUGACGUCUUCUCUAGCUGCAUGUGUAAUGAGGACAUGUUGUAUAUGGCAUCUCGCUGUGACAUCGACGGGAGCAUCAGCUGCCUGCUCAGGACACCAGCUUCGACAGAUCUCUAUUCGUACAGGACUUGUCGUAAUUUCGAGGACUCAGCAACCACUGGCACAGGGGCUUCGUCAAGGACCACCGUAGCUUCGUCGGGGGGAAUGACUGUAACCAGUACUUACAGUCCUGCUGCUCCGUCACCUACCACAUCUGGAGGAGGAGGAGCGGCAUCAUCAGUGUCUAAUAAGGGAGCGCCUGCAGUGCUGGUGUGGAAGGGGUUUGUUGAGACUGUGUGCAUGCUUGCCGCGGUGGUGCUGAUGAUUUGA